AUGGCACGGUUAGUAGGGCUGGAAAGUUUUCUCGGGGGUCCGAUUGAGGGAAAAGUGAUAUCAUUGAUAGACUAUGUUAAAAAGAACAGCAGCGGCAGCAGCACUAACCAACAUCCAAAGCAAGCUGCCAUCGUGACAAGCCCAGAUCAUCAUCAUGACCGAUCAGGGCCAUCAGCACUGAUCACUGAUGAUCAGACGUCAUUCCUCGCACCCGAACAACUAGCUGGGCAUCCACUGAUUGGACCCGAGGCAAACACCCCCCCCGCAACGCCCACACGUCCACGCCCUGCCCCGGCCACCUGGCGCCGUCGCACACAGCUCGCACCAUGGCCCAUGGGACGACGAAAGCUGAAGGAGGGUUCCACAGCAUGA